GGUUGUUGUGCCUCGUAAUGUUGGAAAGUACCAUCAGCUUUCAAUUCAUCACCGGCAUCUCAUGCUACGCCUACAAUCCAAUAUUACCAUUAACCUAUAAUCAUCAAAAUUAUUUUUAUCGUUAAAAAAAGAUGGCAAUUGACAACAUGGAAAGACAUGGCCAACGCAGUGACGAUUACCCCAGUGGACAUGGCCGUCUAGUUCAAGCAGAAAACACUGCAGACUUUUUCAACUCUAUUGCCCUUGGACAAGAAGGCGUGGUCAGAGACUUUAUUGAACAAGAUUCUGAGAUUUCGAAUACGCCCAAUGAGCAUGGCGAAACGCCUCUCAUAGCUGCUGUCCGUGCUGAUAAGCCGGUAAUUGUCAGAGAUCUCUUAUGGAACGGAGCAAAAGUAGACGCCUUGGGAUGCUACUGUCAAGAAGGCCAAAAUACUCGAGCCUGGCGAACGCCCCUCCAAGUCGCAGCUGCAGAGGGCAAACUUCACAUGAUUCGCAUACUGCGUGAGAACCGAGCCGACGUCUUUUUCGCUGCUCCAGGCGGCGUCAAUGCUCUUCAACUGGCUACCAGCAAUGGCCAUGAAAGCGUAGUGGAUCAUAUCCAACGUGCAUACGUCAGCAUUCGCGGCCAUCUAGUUACCCCAGAUGGCGUAACAUCAGAUGGCUUAACAGACGCAGCGGAGAUUUAUCCAACGGAUAGUCAAAGAUCAGCUGAAGGUGGCCAGGCUCAGCAUACCCGGCUACUCAAUGAAAAGAGGUUUGGGUGUAUCACUUGGGGUAUCCCAAAAACGAUUCUUCAUAAAGCUUCAAAAACUAUCGUCUCUACACUCUCCAAUGUUCUUGAGGAUAGACCGAAAAAGACUCAGUUAUGUCGCAAAAAUGUAGAAUUGUGGUGCCAAGAGAAUUUUCAAGUGUUGCCUGCUUGCGUCAAGAGAGGAAUAGAUCUCGUUGAUCGCGGAGUUAAAGAGGCAGCUGGACUUGUUACAAAGACACCUGAAAGGACUUGGCAGCUCAUGAAGCGCAUACCCAAUGCUAUGUGGACAAUUAUGCUGUAUAUUGGGAUGGUACUUCGUAAGCUUGGAAAAAUAGCUCCUCGUCUUUUGAAACAGAUGACAGCCAUUGUCCAAACCAUCGCCAAGGCCGUAGCAAACAUUUUUCAGGCUGCUAGACUCCGUGGCAUUAAGAAUUGCUUUAGCUCCAUGCUUGAAACCGUUUUAACAGAAGUUACAAAAAGCCUCUCAUGGCUUGUCACCGGACUGAAACAGACAACCCGUGCGAUAUUGCAAGCUGUAACGGGGUCAUUGAAAAAGGUCGUUAUAAUAUUUGCCGCUUUGACACUUGGGAUUUGCAUUCUGUUUUCCAACAGAACUUGGGGUCUGCUGCAGGCAUCUGGAAAACAGGCAAAGAAAGGGAUACAGGAUAUACUAGAGUCGAUGGGUCCAAAAACAAUGUAACAUGCCAUAGAGGAGGAUUGAAUAGCUGGCUCAAGUUGAAUUCGGGGACUUGCUUUCGAUGAUGCGUUUUAGCGUUUGGUAUUUUUUAGCUCAAGCAGUGAUAAUUUAGCAUGAUAGAGUUUGUAUUUUUGAAUUUAUGAUCAAGCUUUAGAGUAACUCAGAAUGGUAAAUCUGGUGACCAUCCGAAGGCUUCUAAUGAG